CAUGGACAGUUAGUUGGCCUCAGUCACACACACACACACUAGAACUGACACUAUUUUUAUUAAAAUUGUAUAACACUAUCUUUUAUAACUUUCGUCAGUCCCUCCAUACUCGUAUCACAAUUUACUUGCAUAAACCAAAAAAACAGUGAAAGUGACUAAACAAAAUCUUCAUUUCCUUUUUUGUACAUUUAUUACAAUCUUUGAAUUUCUUUUGUUUGUUUGUUUGUUUUGUUUGUGUUCACUAUCUCUCAAUAAUCAGUCCAAUGAACUUGUUAUCUGUAUUGACACAGGAAAAACAGAAAUUGAAGUUUUCAUUUAAGGUGCAGUUAAAGGCUUUGUGAUGAAAGUAAAUGGAAUUCAAUGGUAGCUCAGAUGAAUUCUUAGUUUUUACUCCAUCAGUUAUUACUACAUUUGAUUAAGAUGGAAGUCAAUGAAGCAGCGAAAUUACCUAUAGCUAGACCAGUCGCUUCAAGGCCAAGAUGUCCUCUUUACAAAUCUUUCUCAGAGCUCCUGACUGGUGCAGUAGAUAUAUCAUCGACAAAUGUUCAUUCUGAAAUGGCUAUUACAACCAUAAGACCAAAGACUAUCAGGUUGAAGCCUGCAACAAACCAUGCUUUAGUUGGAGAGCCUUCUUCACAGGUUGGUGUGUCCGAGGCACCAGUUGGUUUUGGCGCUGAUAACAUCUUGCAAUCGGUAAAGAAACCCAAGGUCCUGUAUAAGCCUAUAGCUAAACUUGCACCAAAGAAAACAAUUCCUCUACUUGAAAAUAAGGGAAGCUCCGUAUCUGAUCAGCAACGAGUAAUAGCUGAUGCUGAGGCUCAUAUUCAAUCAGCAAAUGAAGUUAAACAACAACAUGACCCUACGACAGAAUCUAAACAAAGUCUCUCGGCAAAAUCAGGACAGGACAAAAAAAAAGUGCGCUCAACAAUUGUAUCAGGGAGCACAGAGGAGGUUGCACAAUCUUUGAUCAACACAAGUAAUGUCGAUCGUCCUAGUUAUGAUGGAUAUAAUUGGAGAAAAUAUGGACAAAAGCAAGUUAAAGGAAGCGAAUACCCAAGAAGUUACUACAAGUGCACACAUCUGAAGUGUCUUGUGAAAAAGAAGGUUGAAAGAUCAUAUGAUGGCCAGAUAACUGAAAUUGUUUACAGGGGUGAGCACAACCACCCAAAGCCUCAGCCUCCAAAGCGCAACUUGUCAGAUGGCCAUAGGCGAACAGCCAUAUGCAAUGACACUUCUAAAGAAACAAAUAACCCUGCAUGGAGUAACCAACAUCCUCAGAUGAGUGAAGCUUACGUCUGUAGGAGAGAAAAUCAGAAUGAUGGCGGGUUAACUAUACAUUCCAGCAAAGUACCAUGCUUUUAUGAUCCCAUUGUAGCAGCAGGAAUGCACACUGCAGUCAGAAAUUCUGAAGAUUCUGCUGAAGGAAGUAAAAAAUUGAAGGCUACUUGUGAUGAACAAAAAAGUAAAAGAAGGAAAAUUAAAUGUCCAUCCAGUGGAGCAGGUACAUCAGGGGAAAGUACAUUUCCUUAUAUACCAAACCAAAGUACUACUGACUCUGAAAUUACCGAGGACGGUUUUCGCUGGAGAAAAUAUGGCCAGAAGGUUGUGAAGGGAAGUUCAUAUCCCAGGAGAUAUUACAGAUGCAUAAGUCCUAAAUGCAAUGUGUGGAAGUUUGUUGAAGGAACCACGGAUGAUCCCAGAGCCUUUAUUACUACAUACGAGGGAAAACACAACCAUGGUGUUCCAAACAGAAGACCAAAUUCAGAGGCAUCCAAAACAAGCUCAAAAUCUUCAGCUAUGAAAGAGAAAUUAUAGUCGAUGCAAGCAGAAUAACCUCAUGCUAGCAAAAAUAAGCUAUAUACUAAUAUUAUACACUCAAGAAGAUGGUUUAGCAGAUCGGAAAUUGAUGAAGUUAAUCUUAUUGCAGUAUUCAUUAUAUUUCCUUUGCUAAACCAUCUGAGAUCGCAAAUGCUCGGGAGUUCCUCUAUGCUAGAAGAGGCUACUAUUGAGAUCUUUUUAAGCAUCAAUAAUGUAAACAAUUGGCCUCUAAUUAGUUGAUAAUUAUCUAUGAGUCACUUGAAUUAUUGGCUAUAUGUUCAAGACAUCAUUAUUGAUAAGUUGAG